CCAUCCUGCACCUGGACAAUACUGUGGUGGACCUGGAGACUCUACAAGCCCUCUACGAAAACAGAGCACAACAGGAUGAGAUGGAGAAGAUUGAUAAGCACAUCAAGUCAUCUAAGGACAAGGACAACGCCAAACCACUGGACAAGCCUGAGCAGUUCCUGUCCCAGUUACAUCAGAUCCCCAACUUCUCAGGCCGGGUGUUCUGUAUCCUGUUUCAGUCCACCUUCUCUGAAUGGAUCUCCUCUAUCCUGCGCAAACUGGAGAUCCUGCAGAGAGUGUGCACGACCCUGCAGAGUGGCCAGUGUGUGAUGCAGGUGCUGGGUCUGGUCCUGGCCUUCGGUAACUUGAUGAAUGGUGGCAACCGAACCAGAGGACAGGCUGACGGCCUAACCUGGGAUAUCCUGCCCAAGCUGAAGGAUGUCAAGAUAAGCGAUAACACACGGAGUCUGCUGGCCUACAUAGUAGCUUACUAUCUGAGACACUUUGACCAGGUGGGUUGGAUCCUGUUUAUCUGA